CAUCGUCAUGUCCUCUCACCGGGCAAUACCGUCUCUCUUCGCCUUUCCCUCUCUCUCCACACUACUACUAAGCAUGGAUUGCCAUUCAACUUCCCCCUCGGCGGCGGCCGCGAUCUUUUUUUUAUUCGCGGCCACGAUUGCGAGAGCAGGUGAGGCGGCGCAGUGGUGCAUAGCUCGGAGUGAUGCAAGCUCGACGGCGCUUCAAACAGCCCUGGAUUACGCUUGCGGUCCCGGUAUGGCGGAUUGCCUACCUAUACAGCCAAAUGGUCUCUGCUACCUCCCCAACUCGCUGCCGGCGCACGCCUCCUACGCCUUCAACAGCUUCUAUCAACGUUCCGGAUCCUGCGAUUUCGCCGGCGUCGCGACCGUCAGCAUCACCGACCCGAGUUUGCUAUGGAUCCUGUACAUACCCUUCCUCCACAAGAACUGCUGGAGGCUCCACAACUCCCAACAGCAACACCCCCUCCACGAGCUCGCCGACAGGUCCAGGAUUUGGCGAUACCGACAGCGGUGGAGGCGGCGGUGGGCUCACCCCAGGUCUGGGCACUCCUCUGUCUGAUAACUCCGGCGCUGAAUCCAUUUCAAUUUAUCAUCUUUUAUAUACUUACUGCUGCUUUCUACUUCUACUUCCUUGAUCUGCAAUAUAGCAUUUUCUAAGAAGCCAUCACAGUUUUGUUGGAGGAAAAGUAGGCCUUUUGUGGUGGUUCUAAUAUUAGUUGUACUUCCAUUAUAAAAAUUGUUUAAGUGAUUGUUUGCUGGGAUUGGAAGCAGAGAUAAAUAGAAAUCAUUUGAGUUCAUAAAAUUUAUGAAUAUAUUCAUUUCUAGGCUGAAAAGUGGCAGCUUGUGCAUUAAUGUGAUAAAUACUAAACCUAGUAAAGUGAUAUGGUCUGAAAGAUUUAUGUGGUGAAU